AUGAACCAAGGAAAUUCUUCAUAAUAUUAAGUAAAUGAUUAUUAUAACCCAUUGGAAGGCUAAUUAAAUUAUAAAAAUUAUUACAGAAUAAAGGUUUUAUUUUUUUACAAUUUUAGUUAUAUUGGGAAUUUUGCAAUUUUAGUCACAUUGGGAAUUAUACUAACCCAUCUAUUCACUUAACACAGGAAAGAUACAGUUUUAACAUUUUUAUGA